AUGUCGUCACUACCAUCAGGCGCCUCCUCCGGCAAGGAGUCGGGCCUGCGCGUGCCCAGCAAUGGCAAGACCAUUUACCACCGCCCCAUCAAUCGCACCAAGACGUCGGAGCUCAGCCAGGCCAGCUUUGCUUUUCUCUUCUCCGAGAUGGUGGCAUAUGCGCAGAAGCGCGUAAAGGGCAUCCAAGAGCUGGAACACAGACUCAACGUUCAGGGCCACUCUAUCGGCAUCAAGCUUCUCGACCUCCUCCUCUACCGCGAACCUGUGCGCACGCAACUGCGACCCCAACACAUUGUUGGUCUUCUCCACUUCAUCAAGCAGAACGUAUGGCAGCACCUCUUCGGCAGGCAAGCAGACAGGCUAGAAAAAUCAACGGAUGCGGAGAAGCCCGACGAAUACAUGAUUAUCGACAACGAGCCGCUGGUCAACCAAUACAUUAGUGUGCCCCGCGAAAUGAGCCAGCUGAACUGCGCGGCAUUUGUAGCAGGAGUUAUAGAAGGGGUAUGUGAUGGUGCAGACUUUCCUGCCAGGGUAACAGCACAUACGGUUGGGGAGGGGGAAAUGUGGCCUGGAAAGACUGUGUUCCUGGUCAAAUUCAGAAGCGAGGUGGUAGAGAGAGAAGCUUUCUUGGCAAAGACUUGA